CCUCCGGUUGGCUGUCCACGAUACCAUGCAUCAUUAUGAGGAUGUGUGACAGAGGUAUCCAGAUGCUGAUCACCACCCUGGGAGCCUUUGCAGCGUUCAGCCUCAUGACCAUCGCGGUGGGCACAGACUAUUGGCUGUAUUCCAGGGGUGUGUGCAGGACUAAGUCCACAAACGACAAUGACACCAGCAGGAAAAACGAAGAAGUCAUGACCCACUCGGGCUUGUGGAGGACCUGCUGCUUGGAAGGGACGUUCAGAGGAAUCUGUAAGCAAAUCAAUCAUUUCCCAGAAGAUGCUGACUAUGACCAGGAUGCGGCUGAAUACCUCCUGCGUGCAGUGAGAGCAUCCAGUAUCUUCCCCAUCUUGAGUGUGGGUCUGCUGUUCUUCGGAGGUCUCUGUGUGGCAGCCAGUGAGUUCUACAAGAGCCAACUCAACGUCAUCUUGAGUGCAGGGAUUUUUUUUGUAUCGGCAGGGCUAAGCAACAUCAUCGGGAUUAUAGUUUACAUCUCUGCCAACGCCGGGGACCCUGGGCAGAGCGACUCCAAGAAGAGUUACUCCUACGGCUGGUCCUUCUACUUCGGGGCCUUAUCCUUCAUCAUUGCUGAGAUGGUGGGGGUGAUUGCCGUCCAUAUGUACAUCGAGAAGCACCGCCAGAUCCGAGCCAAGACCCAUUCCGUGGCGCUGCUGAAGAAGUCCACCUUUGCCCGCUUGCCUACCUACCGGUACCGGUUCCGGAGGAGAUCCAGCUCCCGCUCCACAGAGCCCAGGUCCAGGGACCUGUCCCCCAUCGGCAAAGGCUUCAACACCAUCCCAUCCACCGACAUCUCCAUGUUCACCCUCUCCAGGGAUCCUUCCAAGCUGACUAUUGGGACACUGCUCAACUCAGAGAGAGAUCACGGGUUUUUACAGAUUCACAACUCCCUCCCCAAAGAGUUCAAGGAGUCCUUACACAACAAUCCAGGCAACAGACGAACCACGCCGGUCUGAGGCCAGCCGCGCCCC